AGUUUGAGGAAACAUUGGACUGAGAGCGGUACAUGACUGGAGCAGAGGUGGGAGUCUUGAAAACAUCAACAUUUAAGGGAUGUUACUGCAUUUGGAAUCAGUCAGAAUCUAUUCUAUUCUCUGAGGCGUUGUGUUCCAGACUACAAUGUUCAAAAAAUGACCUGCCAUCUGCUUUGUUUGGUUUCCUGUCUGUCUCGAGCCAUGAUGUCUCCCAGUUCCCUCCACUGUCAUCUGGCCUCUCUGCUGUGUUUGUGGGCACUGUGCCAUGCCCAGCUGGGCCAUCAUCUGCCCCGUGACUCCACACUCAUCCAGCUUCGUCUGGCAGGAGACAAGAGAAAGCACUAUGAGGGCAGAGUGGAGGUAUAUUACAAUGGAGUCUGGGGCACAGUCUGCGAUGACGACUUCUCCAUCUACGCAGCACGUGUGGUGUGCAAGGAGCUAGGGUAUCUGGAUGCUGUGUCCUGGUCACCUUCUUCCAAGUAUGGACAAGGAGAAGGUCAAAUCUGGCUGGACAAUGUCCACUGUACCGGGAGAGAGGAAAGUCUGGUUCAAUGCGAGUCCAAUGGCUUUGGAGUGUCAGACUGUAAACACACAGAGGAUGUCGGGGUGGUCUGCAGCCAGAAACGCAUUCCAGGCUUCAAGUUUAUCAGCGUCAAUAAUGUGGAGAGUUUUAAUGUCCAGGUGGAGGAUGUGAGAAUUCGGGCUACAUACUCCCAUCGUAAACGCAUUCCCAUCACCGAAGGCUUCAUAGAGGUGAAGGAUGGAGGCAAGUGGCGACAGAUCUGUGACAACGGAUGGAGUGAAAUGAACAGCCGAGUCAUCUGUGGCAUGUAUGGCUUCCCUGGAGAGAAAGGCUACAACAGCAGGGCCUACAGGAUGCUUUCGAAACGUCGAAAAAAGAACUACUGGGGUUUCUCAGUCAAUUGCACAGGCAAUGAGGCUCAUCUGUUAGACUGUAAGCUUGGUCAUCCGCUGGAGCUGAAGGGCAACAAAACCUGUGAGAAGGGUAUGCCUGUGGUGGUGAGCUGUGUCCCUGGACGAGACUUCGCAAAUGACAUCACCACAGGCUUUAUGGAGGCCUACAGGAUACAGCAACCACUGGUGCGUCUGAGAGGAGGAGCCAUGAUAGGAGAGGGAAGAGUAGAGGUGCUAAAGAAUGGCGCAUGGGGCACCAUCUGUGAUGACAACUGGAACACCAGGGCUGCCACUGUGGUUUGUCGGGAGCUUGGAUUUGGCAGCGCUAAGGAGGCCCUCUCUGGAGGCAGACUUGGACAAGGGAUGGGCCCAGUCCAUAUGAAUGAGGUGGAGUGCUCUGGGUUUGAGAAGUCUCUUACAGACUGCUUCUUUAACAGAGAUGAACUGGGCUGCAGCCAUGAGGAAGAUGCAGCUGUGAGGUGUAACAUUCCUGCCAUGGGCUUUCAUAAUAGACUGCGUCUUAGUGGCGGACGGAACGCCUUUGAAGGACGCGUGGAGGUGCUGGCAGACCGGAACAACUCCUUGGUGUGGGGCACUGUGUGCAGUGACAGCUGGGGAACCAGGGAGGCUAUGGUCGUUUGCAGACAGCUUGGCCUGGGAUUUGCCAGCAAUGCUUUUCAGGAGACGUGGUACUGGUCUGGUGAUGUGACAGCAGAUGAUGUGGUUGUCAGUGGGGUCAGGUGCUCGGGCACUGAGAUGACUCUUGAUCAGUGUCUCCACCAUGGAAAACACCUUCACUGUCCCAGAGGAGGGGGGCGCUACGCAGCCGGGGUCUCCUGCACUCAGACUGCCCCAGACCUGGUUCUGAAUGCCCAGGUGGUAGAACACACCAUGUACCUAGAGGACCGGCCCAUGUAUGUGCUGCAGUGUGCCCACGAGGAGCAGUGUCUGUCCUCCAGCGCUGCCGCAGCCACCCCCUCCUCUUACCGCCGACUCCUCCGCUUCUCCUCUCAGAUCCACAACAACGGCCAGUCAGACUUCCGCCCCAGGGCUGGCCGCCACUCCUGGAUUUGGCAUGAGUGUCACAGGCACUACCAUAGUAUGGAGGUCUUCACACACUAUGAUCUGUUCACUCUCAACGGCACCAAGGUGGCAGAGGGACAUAAGGCCAGCUUCUGUCUAGAGGAUACUCAAUGUGAUGAAGGUAUUGAAAAGAGAUACGCGUGUGCCAAUUUUGGUGAACAGGGCAUCAGUAUUGGCUGCUGGGAUACCUACAGACACGACAUUGACUGCCAGUGGAUUGAUGUCACAGAUGUUCAUCCAGGAGACUACAUCUUUCAGGUUGUGAUCAAUCCCAACUAUGAGGUUGCAGAAUCAGAUUACACCAACAACAUAAUGAAGUGCAAAUGUCGUUAUGAUGGGCAUCGUAUAUGGACAUACAACUGUCAUAUAGGUGACUUAAAUUAUGGGGGUUCAUUGAGCUCGGAAACUGAAGUAGGCUUCCCUGGGCUUCAGAACAACCAGCUGAGGUGAAACUAACAACAAACUGUCAAAAGACCUGGAGGAGGACUGGUUGAGAAAUACCAUCAAGACUGGGGUGAACCCGCUAACCACUGGAAGAUGCAACGGGCUCUGUUACCUACCCUUCAGGGCCAGAUAAUGGCCUGUAACCUCAACAACUGAUUAAACAAUUUCAACCUGACGCCUGUUUAAGAGGCUUAUUUGAAUUGUGUAAUUUACUGUAAAAAAAUAUUCUAUCAAUAUUCCAGCCUGUACGUCAAAAUCUCAACAAGCAAAUGGAACAGCAGAAGCUUUCGUAGUGUCACUUUUACAAAAGGUAUUGGUACAAAAUGUCACAUUGAAAGAGGGAUUCCCAAAUACAACCUCAUUCAUAAUUACUAUUAUAAAUGUGUUAGCUGGUAAAUUGUAAAAUAAUUUUAUGCAAAACGUGUUUAUUUUUCUUGUCAUAUCCAUCUGUAUAUCACUGCAUAAUAAAAGUUUCAUUGACAUGAGA